AUGUCCCAUACGCCCGUCCCCACGCUCAAGGUAGUCCUCAUUGGCUCCUCCUCUGUCGGCAAAUCCUCGCUCCUUCUGCGCUUCACAGAUGACGAGUUCGCCCCGCCUGAAGAGUCUUCAGCUACCAUCGGCAUCGAUUACAAGCUCAAGAAUAUAACUGUCGGUGGUAAGCAGUUCAAGCUCAACAUUUUCGAUACAGCGGGACAAGAGAGGUAUCGUGCUAUUACGGGGAGCUACUACAGAGGAAUUCAAGGCGUCAUUGUCGUAUACGACGUUACAUCACGAGCAUCCUUCGACGCCCUACCGGGAUGGUUUUCAGAGCUCGAGACCUUCUCCACUUCUCCGGACGUCGUCAAAUGUGUCAUAGGCAACAAGGUGGACAAGGAAUUCUCGCGAGUGGUAUCCACACAGGAAGGCAAGACCUUCGCACACGAUCAGGGAGCCAUCUUCGUCGAAGCGAGCGCAAAGAAGGGAGUAGGUGUACAGGGAGCUUUUGAUGAUCUGGUGAAUCAGGUAGGUACGGCCACAGGUGCCUAUAGGGGCUGA